AUGGGGUCUCCCGCGCGCGUCCCGGGCCACGACACCAUCGAGUCCAGCGCCUCAGCAUCCGAGCAGCACCGCCUGGAAAAGCAUUCCAGCUCCGGCAGCAGCGGCCCCGGAGUCGGCAGCGCCGAUGGCAAGAACGUCUCGUUUCCGGUCGAGCAGCAGUAUGGCAUCGACGAGGAGAAGCAGAGCGAGAGGGUCGGCUCGCUCCAGACCAAAUCACGCUCGGAGCGGGAAAGCGGGCCACUCGGCGACAUGUGGCAUCGGCAUUGGAAGAAGUUGGCUCAGCUGGUCUCCUUCAUGGUUUUCACAGCAUGGUGGAUCUACGGCCUCGUCUUCUUCCGCCAUACCAACGGCAAGGGCUGGCUGAUUCCCACCCUGAUCUACAUCGCCCUCCUCCUGCGCCUCUUCUUCUUCUACGUCCCUUCCCGGCUGGUCCUGCGUCCAGUGCGCUUCGUCUGGGUCAAUACCGUCGUAAGGGUCUACGACAUGGUUCCGGCGAAGCUGCACAAGCCCAUCGCCGGCGUCGGCACCUUUGCCGUCUUCCUGAUCGGGAGCUUCGUUCCCGACGAGACGGGGGACAACACGCGCGCGAACCGUGCCAUUUCUAUUUUCGGCUUCAUCGUCUUAUUGGUCAUCCUGACGGCCACCUCGCGCAACUGGCGCAUGAUUCCCUGGCACACGGUGAUUGGCGGGAUGCUGACCCAGUUCAUCAUUGCCGUCUUCGUGCUGCGCACCCAGGCAGGCUACGACAUAUUCAAGUUCAUCUCGGACAUGGCCCGCCAACUGCUGGGCUAUGCGGGCCAAGGCCUCGCCUUCCUGACCGAUGCCGAUAUGGCGGCCAGCCCCUGGUUCCUGACAGGCGUCAUCCCGGCCAUUAUCUUUUUCAUUGCUCUCGUCCAGAUGCUGUACUACGUCGGCUUCCUGCAGUGGUUCAUCGGCAAGUUCGCCGUCUUCUUUUUCUGGAGCCUGCGGGUGUCGGGCGCCGAGGCCAUCGUGGCGGCGGCCACUCCCUUCAUCGGCCAGGGCGAGUCCGCCAUGCUCAUCCGGCCCUUCCUGGACCAGUUGACCAUGGCAGAGAUCCACCAGAUCAUGACGUGCGGCUUCGCCACCAUCGCCGGCUCUGUCCUGGUUGCCUACAUCGGCAUGGGCCUGAACCCGCAGGCCCUCGUGUCGAGCUGCAUCAUGUCCAUCCCGGCCACGCUGGCCGUGUCCAAGAUGCGGUACCCCGAGACCGAGACGCCCACCACGGCCGGCAAAGUCGAGGUGCCCAAGCACGAGGACGACGAGCACACGGUCAACGCCCUCCACGCCUUCACCAACGGCUCGUGGCUGGGCCUCAAGAUCGGCGCCACCAUUGUUGCCUGCCUGCUGACUGUCAUUGCGUUCGUCGGCCUGAUCAACGGCUUGCUGGGCUGGUGGGGUGGCUACUGGGGCCUGUCGGACCCCAACCCGACUUUGAGUCUAGAGCUUAUCCUCGGAUACAUUCUGUAUCCGGUUGCCUGGCUCCUGGGCGUGCCGAACUCGGAUCUCAGGCAGGUUGGUGAGCUCAUCGGCAAGAAGAUUAUCAUCAACGAGUAUGCUGCUUUUAAUGCCCUGGUCACGGACCCGCGCUACGCAGCUAUGGCUGCGCGCUCGAAGCUGAUUGCUACCUACGCCUGCUGCGGCUUUGGCAACAUUGGGUCGCUCGGUAUUCAGAUUGGUGUGCUCUCGCAGAUUUCGCCCCGGCGCUCUGGCGAUGUUGUCAAGGUCUCCGUCUCGGCUCUGUUCUGCGGUGUUUUGUCCACCUUGACGUCGGCUAGCAUUGCUGGUAUGCUGUUCGUUGACGGGAUGGAGUAG